AUGGGUCACAUUAAAGGCAAAAAGGUGAUCUUUUACACUGAAACAUUGCGGAUAAACUCCGGUGGAACAGAAAGCGACGAGACUUCUGCAACAAAGGCAACCAAGGAAGAGGACUUAGGCCCAACUAAACAGCAAGAUACUGACUUUUCUCUCUCUCUGGAGGAGGUAAAACUGGCUGUAUUCCACCUCAAUUAUGAAUGUAAGUAA